UGUUAAAAAUUGAUGUAAAUACGGAAUAAAUAUAAUCAAGAAGGUUAUGGAAAGCAAUAGUGAUGUAGUGAGGGUAAAGGAGGAGCCAGUCGAUACUUGGUCUAAUGCUGGUGAAGGUUAUGCUUUCGAUUUAGUGAACUCUUGCAAAAAUGAAAACUUUAAAACAUUGCCGUUUCAUGAAUCAUCGGCAAAAUACGUAAAUGAUGCUGUGGUGUUACGGGAGAGGUUAGAUGAAAAAAUAUUUAUAGAUAUCGAGUGCAAAUAUGUAAAAUCGGAUCUACCUUCUCUAUCGCCAGCCAUCUGCAAAACUGAAAAUCAAAGUUUUCAAUCUAUAGUAAACAUAGAAAAUCAAAUUCAAACCAAUUACUUAAUCGAUAAAGAACUGAUAAUUUUGAUAAGAAAAGGAUUCGAUUAUCAUAAUGAUUGUCAAUUUCAAGAUGAUCUCAAGAAACACAUAAAUACAGUACAUUAUCGGAGCAAGCCCUUCGAAUGUGAUAUUUGUCACAAAUCAUUUGGAUAUCAGAGUCAACUCGUAAGGCACAUAAAUGCAGUACAUGACCGCAGCAAAUCCUUCGAAUGUGAUAUUUGUCGCAAAUCAUAUGGCCGCAAGGAUACUCUAAGAAAUCAUAUAAAUACAGUACACAAUGUGAUUAAACCCUUCGAAUGUGAUAUUUGUCACAAAUCAUUUGGUCGCCGAGAUACCCUCAAAUCUCACAUAGAUACACAACAAUUAUCUACCCCCAUUACGAGCGUCAAUGACAAAAAUUUCAAUGGCAAGUUUACCCUUGCAUUUUAG